CGAAAGCAAAGGUUACAGUAGCGUUACAGCUUACUUCACAUGUUGGUGUGCUGACAUUGAGGGAAACUACGACAGUCUUGGCUUCAUAUCGCUUUAAAAGAAACAAAAGGAUCGUCAUCAUGGUGACUGGAAAGCGCCUGGCUGAUAUUGGCUAUCGGGCUUUUUCUGGCUCGAUGAUGCUGCUGACGGUAUACGGAGGCUUCCUGUGUGUAAUGAGAGGAUACCGCUACGUGGUAAAGCAACAACAGCUGAAGCUGGCAGCAGAAAACCAGGAUCCUGAAGUCAUCAAAGACUGAUGUCAGAUGGACUGCUCUCCCAUUCCUUCUUUUUCUGUCCGUUGCUUAAUCAUCAAGUAAUUUCAUUGUGAGGAUGUUGCACUCUUACAGCAAAGAUGUUUUGUUUUCAAGAAGAUUCGCUAAGCAAAUUAACUGAGAACAUAUUUGCAUCAGUGGCCUGUGUCAAGUCGAUGUUUAUAAGGCGAAGGCGGUUGUUAUUGUUUGUAUUAUAUUAAAUGCCUUUAACCACA